GUCCCUCCUCCUCGUUACUGACCCGCCCUGCGGGUUUCCCUGUGCCACUGCAGUGAAACCGACGGUAAAAGAGAGAGAGGAUCUAGUUAAAAAAGUAAACAAGAACCUGAUUAUCACGAGCGCCGUGUUUUGUAAUAGCGAAACCCCCUUUUAUAUAGUUUUUUCCCCAUUCCGUUCACAUCUCCGGGUCAACACAUUUCGUCAUCCAACCGGCAAUAUGGGAAAUGAGGCAAGUUACCCCCUGGAAAUGUGCUCGCAUUUCGAUGCUGAUGAGAUUAAGCGUCUGGGAAAGAGGUUUAAGAAACUGGACCUAGAUAACUCUGGAUCCCUUAGCGUGGAGGAGUUCAUGUCCCUGCCAGAACUCCAGCAGAACCCGCUGGUCCAGAGGGUCAUCGACAUCUUCGACACCGAUGGAAACGGAGAGGUGGACUUCAAGGAAUUCAUCGAGGGAGUCUCACAGUUCAGUGUCAAGGGGGACAAGGAGUCAAAGCUUCGGUUCGCCUUCCGGAUCUACGACAUGGACAAGGAUGGCUACAUCUCCAACGGGGAGCUCUUCCAGGUGCUGAAGAUGAUGGUAGGAAACAACCUGAAGGACACACAGCUCCAGCAGAUCGUGGACAAGACCAUCAUCAACGCAGACAAGGACGGAGACGGCAGGAUAUCCUUCGAAGAGUUCUGCUUAGUGGUGGGUGGCCUUGACAUACACAAAAAGAUGGUGGUAGACGUGUGAGCCUGUCCCUCCGCUCCUCUCUCUCCCUCGCUUUCUUCUCCAUCGGUCUCUGAAGAUCUGCUCAAGACGUCUGGCAAACACUUUGUGUAUUUCAAUGGAAGUAUUCUCUCUCCCCGUGAAGCUACUUUUUUUCUAAACAGGCCACAAGCUUCGCGAAGCCAAUUUAGUUGUGUUAUUGAACUCCGAUCCUCUCAAUAACCUGAAGGACAGCUAUUCUCGUUUGUAAGAGCAUCCCAGUUUGAGGGAGGGAGGGGAAAGGUUGGCUUGAUUAUAUUUUGUAAUGUAAUUUUUUUUAAAUAUUUAUUUUUGUUCUGGUCUCUUUUUUUUUUAUAUAGACAAGUAUAUCUAUAAUGUUUAUUUUGUGGGGAAAUGUGUCAUUAUCUGAGAUGUUGCGUUUAAAUAAUAUACUUGAUUUCGGUUACAAUUCAAAACGUAGGGUAUAAAGUGCCAACCAGGACAUAUCGUAUUGUUAUUAUUAAGUAUCCACCAUUGCUGUCAGUGAUGGGCUUUGAUGAGUCAAACGCUCGCUGCAUCAUCAGUCAAUUAUUUGACUCUUGAGCAGGUUGGAUUAGAUCAAUUAAGCCUGACUCUUGAGCAGGUUGGAUUAGAUCAAUUAAACCAUUUGACUCUUGAGCAGGUUGGAUUAGAUCAAUUAAACCAUUUGACUCUUGAGCAGGUUGGAUUAGAUAAAUUAAGACAUUUGACUCCUGAGCAGGUUGGAUUAGAUCAAUUAAACCAUUUGACUCCUGAGCAGGUUGGAUUAGAUCAAUUAAACCAUUUACUUGAGCAGUUGGAUUAGAUCAAUUAAACCUGACUCUUGAGCAGGUUGGAUUAGAUCAAUUAAACCUGACUCUUGAGCAGGUUGGAUUAGAUCAAUUAAACCUGACUCUUGAGCAGGUUGGAUUAGAUCAAUUAAACCAUUUGACUUGAGCAGGUUGGAUUAGAUCAAUUAAGCCUGACUCUUGAGCAGGUUGGAUUAGAUCAAUUCAACCAUUUGACUCUUGAGCAGGUUGGAUUAGAUCAAUUCAACCAUUUGACUCUUGAGCAGGUUGGAUUAGAUCAAUUAAGCUUCUGAUCACAUUAAAUAUACAAUACCUGUUGGAAGCUUAGGAUAGGAUGUUUUAUUUAUAUAUGUUUAUACUUUGAGAUUAUUAUUCUAAACGUAGAGAUAGAUGCCAAGAAAGUGAUGUCUUUGCAUACUUAUUUGUAUUUUACUUACUUUAACGACACGUUUUUACGUUGAACCAUAUGACAAUCCCCCAAUGUAAAGUAARUGGGCGGCAGGUAGCCUAGCAGUCAGAGGCGAGCCAGCAACCGGAGGGUUGCUAGUUUGAAUCCCGGGUCUGACGGGAAAAAUCUGGAGGGAAGUGAGCUGGUAACCAGAGGGUUGCUGCUGGUGUCAAAUCCUAGAUGGCAUAACCUGCCGUUGUACCCUUGAGCAAGACCCUUAACCCCCCCCCACAGCAACUGCUCCACGGGCGCCGUAGUAUGGCAGAGUCCCCUGUUCUAACCUCCGUGUGUGUGUCUUGGGAUUAAGUCAAAUGUUCCGUUGCACCUUGUGUACAAUUGAAUGAAUUAAAGGAUAUUGUACAGCUUGAUCACUCAAGUUGAAAAAAAAAUCUCUUAACAUGGACCAUGUAUUUGUAUUUUAUUUUGAACUGAGGAAUAUCCUAAAAUAUUGAGAUGAGAAAGAUUUAAUGAAUGUCAGUGAGUUAUCGAGACUCAACUGCAGGCAGCAUAUUAACUGUAUAUUAGGUCAAUGUUUGCUCAUCUCAGUAGAGGCUGCAGCAGGCAAUGUUAAAACACCCCAUGAAUAGUGCAGUUAGAAUACAGGGUUCUUUCUAAUGCAACAAUGGAGUUACUCGUAAGCUUUUGACAUGAUAAAUAGGAAUACUGUACAUUUGAGAGUGAAGAUUUAAGAACCUAUCACGAUCGCUUCAUCGGUCCUCUCCCUACGUGGUAUUCACAGUAGGGAGAAUGACACAAGUUUAACCAAACCGCAAUUUAAGGUGAAAUGGGCAUCCCGAGAAAAUAAUUAACAAAAUGGCGGCGGGUUGCAUUUUAAUGAUACGAUAGUUGGUUUGGAGACGUCUCAAAUGCCUCCCUGCUCCCUAUAUAGUGUACUACUUUUUAACCAGGGCCCAUAGCUCAGGUCAAAAUAAGUUCAUCAUAUAGGGCACUGUACAAGUGGCUUUGCUUGGGCCUCCUAUGUUUGCAUGAUGAUUUUCCUUGUGCAUGUAGAUGAUCCAUUUAAAUAAUCCUCGUUAAACACGUGAAUGGUGAGGUCAGUAAUAAUGAUAUUUAAUAAUCUACUGGGAAACAUAAAUGGAUUUUGUCCAACUUUGUUAAAUGUUCACAUUAUGAGCAGUAAUCCAAACAAACUGGAACUACACGUUAACUUUGUACCCCCCCCCCCGAUCAGCGAGAUGAUGCUUCUGGUCCCAAAGUCAACUGCCACUCACUGUACUCUGCACUGUUUUGUAUAGAAGCUUUCCUUUCCGUCAUCUAUAUAGUUCAGACUUUAGUUCUGCAAGUACUACUUUCUCUGAAGGGGACUCGGUGCUUUUUAGUUUGUGUGGAAACUGAAACGGUUAAGUUUGAUUAAUAGUUAUUUUCCCCUUUCUCUGCAUGCUGCAUCUGAUGCUGUGGGACUGUUGGAAACUUGAUAUUGUAUGAAAAAAAUAAACACACUUUGAAACAUUUUAA